CUCAGCUUCCAGUUUGCUCUGUCCUGCCGUUCUCGUCCGCCCGCAACAAAACUUACCUCCACGUUCCGGCUCUUCCCUAAACAAUUACCCAGCAUCCCGAAAUCAGGGGCCCCAUAUUUCGUCUCUUGCUCAUUUCCCACUCCUGCCUGCUGUUAGUCUUCGACUCUUCAUCCUGCAACCGCAAGAAUACACUAAGCCGACUCUCGCCGUCCCGGUUCUCUUCCGAUCAUGGCGUCCAGAUCCCCAACGGCCUUCACACCCGCAGCGAAACCACCGCUCUCCGCGCCCGAGACCCCCAUCGUGAAGGACACCCCCGUUACACCUCAAGCGGUGCCAUUCCCGGCCCCGCAGACUUUUGAUAUCCUUCCGCCAUUGCACGGUCUUCUGCUUCGUCUGCUCGCAUCCCCCGGACCAGCUAGUAACGGUGUCAGGGCUGCCGAAGUCAACAGUGGAGGCUCGGGCCCGGUCGGACAACCCACAAGUGCUCCUGGCCAGCCUCACUCACAACCUGGGAAUGAAAGCCACGGUCACCCUGGAGUGCUGUUGACGGUUCCAUCCGCAGGACCUAGGCCGGUUUCCGCCUCGGCCGAACUUGCAGCCUUGGGAUCGAAUGCACCCCCACCGCUCGAUAUCAAAGAUCUCCCGACCGAGGUCAGCUCGAUCAAGAUCCGGAUUCAGAAGGCGCAGGCAGUGGUGGAGAACUUGCCAGAUGUUGACCGCUCUGUUACAGAGCAGGAGGUAGAAAUCCAGGAGCUCGAGGACCGUAUCGCAAAGCUCAAAUCAGUCAUCUCUGACUUUGGCCGGAGAGCUAGUCCUCGGGGCGCGGGCAAAUCCAGAAUCACCGAACCUUGAGAGCUGAGAGCGGUAGACCUAUGGACAUCAACGAUGGCGGGAGCACCGCCAUGAUCUCGGUCAUAACCCAAAGGAGCAGGACGCUUCUUCUCGAAGGCGGCUAGUAUCAAGCAUGCAUACUCGGGCCCGCUGUAUCAUCCAAGUGAACUCAUGUCGAUUGUUGGGUUGGAUCUAACACAGAAACUGGUUUUGAUAGCCCAGCACACUGCAAAGUAGCCCGAUCAUCGAACCCUUGGCUGUUGGCACGGUCAGUUGGCUCAGAUUGUUGUUAAUGGAACGUCGCUGCGCUAUGAAGAGGCCUGCGGACUUUACCUGAAGCCACAGCAAUACAAGGGAAUAAGCUGCCACUGCUGCUGUUCAAGAACUGC